CAUUAAUGUAUUAAUACAAUGAUUUGACAAAAUGUACAAAUGUAAUUCCGAAAUGUACGAUGCGGCAAAAAGCAAAUCCAUGGAGCAGAGGAACUCAGGCGUUUGUGGGUCAGUUUCUGUUUGCAUAGUGAGGCUGUGAGGUCCAAGAGGAAAUUUAGUCGAUUAGAUGGGACAUGAUCUGCAAAAGAGAUAAUGCACACACACACACACACACACACACACACACAGCAUUAGAUAACUGUGUGUGCAUUGUGUUAAAGGUGACUGACACAUGGUUUCAUAUGGCUAAUACUUUCUGUCUUUUUUUCUUUUAUAGGUCUUUGUGUGUGUGUGUGUGAAUUCAACUAAAGGGCGAGAUGUGGUGUGAUCGCAGGAACUCAAACCAGGUGGGCAGGCAAUAAGGCUUGACAGAAGAUGCAACGGGGGUGGUGGCUCGUCAGAUGGCUGGGGACAGGAAUGGCAAUCCUCUCUUUGCUAACCCACAGCUGGGGCCAGGACACAGAAGACUGGCAGUAUGAGGAGUGUAAGCUGUCUCGGCCAGGCCCCCCUGCAACCAUCGUGACCAUCGAUGAGGAGAGCCCCAACGGCACAGUUUUGGUCGAAAACAUGCAGAUAAAUGGCCAUGCCCAAGACCCAGGAAGAACCAUCUCACUGACGUUACUGGACAACUACGACUACUGGGUGAUACUGGAACCAUCUCGACAGAGGCUCUACCUCAACAGCACCGGACGUGUUCUGGACAGAGAUCCCCCACACUUAAUCACCACCAUCGUUGUCCUGGUCCAGUGCACCAACGAGCUGGUUGGUACAGUCAUUUUUCACGAGGUCCGGAUUGUUGUGAGGGACAGGAACGACAACACCCCUCGCUUUCAGCAGCCACGCUACUAUGUCGCAGUAAAUGAGCUCACACCAGUUGGAACGACCAUUUUCACCGGCUUCUCAGGAAAUAAUGGCGCCACGGACAUUGACGACGGACCCAAUGGACAUAUUGAAUACGGCAUCCUUUACAACCCCAAUGACCCGGAUUCUAACAGAACAGUGGCUGUCGCAAACACCUUGUCAGGACACAUUAUUCUGGCAGAGAGGCUUAACUAUGAGGAGAGAACUCGCUACCUGGUUUUGGUCCAAGCCAAUGACCGCGCCCCGUACCCUCCCAACAGACGCACGGCUACCACGACUCUGACCGUGGAUGUUCUUGACGGAGACAACUUGGGACCCAUGUUCCUGCCUUGUGUUCUUGUGAACAACACCCGGGACUGCAACCCCAUCACCUACCGAGUCACCAUCCCUGAAUUCACUGAACCGAGCAAACUAAACCCACUGAAUGUGAUCCCGCCGAUCCGCGCAGUGGACAUGGACAAAAACAUACAACCCCCAUCAAACAGACCAGGCAUCCUUUACUACAUCCUGCUUGGUCAUCCAGCUGCCCAUGCCCAGUAUUUCUCCCUGAACAGAAGCACUGCAGAGCUGCGUGUUCUGCAACCAAUCAGCAGGGACCUUUAUCAAAGGUUCACACUCAUCAUCAAGGCUGAACAGGACAACGGUCAUCCACUCCCUGCCUUCGCUGACCUCAUUAUCGAAAUCCUGGAUGAGAACAACCAGGCGCCAUAUUUCCAGUUUGCCACCUAUCAGGGCUAUGUGAGCGAGUCCUCCCCCGUCGGCACGACUAUCUCAGCCAGUGCUAACCUCACUGCUCCCCUGGGAAUCAUCGCUCUGGAUAACGACAUCGAGGAGACGAAAGACCCCAUGGUGAAGGUUACCAUGGAUGAAUACACCACGAUCUUUGGCCUGACCCCGACUGGGAUAAUCCGCUACUUGAGGCUCCUCAAACCCGUGGACCGGGAGCAGCAGAUGGUCUAUACGUUCACGAUGGUUGCAUCAGACGGCGUCCAGCAGAGCAGCCCGGUUACUGUAAACAUCCUGGUCAUUGAUGCCAAUGACAACACGCCCACGUUUGCCGAGGUAUCCUACAGCGUCGAAGUCUUCACAGACAUGCAGCCAGGCGAGACGGUGCUACAGUUGACAGCAGCAGAUGCUGACGAGGGCCUGAACGGUCUGGUGACUUAUGAGAUACUGGCCGGUGCUCAGGGAGACUUCAUCAUUAGCAACCGCACCGGACGCAUUACCGUGGCACCUGGUGUCACUUUAAUGGUGGGACGAUCUUAUGCAUUGACUGUCAAGGCCUCUGACAACGCACCGGAGACCCAGAGAAGGAGCUCCAUCACUACAGUAUACAUCGAGGUUUUGCCUCCCAACAACCAGAGCCCCCCACGCUUCCCACUUCUCACCUACAAUCUGGAAAUCAGCGAGGCCAUGAGGAUAGGAGCAAUUCUGCUCAAUCUACAGGCCACAGACAGAGAAAAUGACCCGAUCACGUACCGCAUUGUGAGCGGCGAUUCCCAGGGGGUCUUCAACCUCUCUCAAACGAUUGGCCUGCUCCUCCUGGGAGAGCCGCUGGACAGAGAGACCACAGAUCAGUACCGUCUGAUUGUCACAGCCUCCGACGGCAACCCUGGAGGGACUUCAACGACUACUGUGAACAUAGUUGUCACUGAUGUCAACGAUAAUGACCCUGAUUUUGACCUCACCAUGUCGACAAAUUUUACUGCCCGAGAAGAAGAGGCCGAUCUGUUUGUGGGACAAGUCAUGGCCACAGAUCCAGAUGCAGGAGCUAAUGGACAGGUGCGCUACCGGAUUGUGAAUCAUCCUGACCUGUUUACAAUCAGUGCUAAUGGCAGUAUCUACACAAGAGUGCCACUCGACCGUGAGCUCAGGAGCCAGUAUGAUCUAGUAGUGGAGGCUUCAGAUGGAGCUGUGGAUCCCAGACGGACCACUUUGUCGGUAUCCAUCCAGGUCAUGGAUAUUGAUGACAACAGUCCGGUCUUCUCCCAGCAAACAUAUGUUGUGAAUGUACCCGAGAACAGCCCUGUGGGAACACCGGUCCUGAAGCUGAGCGCAGAAGACUCAGACCUUUUCUCCAACGUCACGUAUCGGAUCAAAACUGAAUCUGCCAGACAGCUGUUCUCUCUGGACCCUGUCACGGGGGAGUUAGCUGUGCUGCAGACCCUGGACUUUGAGGACCUAGCAGCUAUGGGCAUGGGGGCCUCGUACACUUUCCAGGUGGAGGCUGUUGACCAGGGAGGCGUCAUGCCCCCGGGGCAAGCUACCGUCACGGUCCGGAUCACGGACAUGAACGACUUCUCCCCCAUCUUUCGCCAAGACCUGUAUAAGGGCAUGGUGGCCCCAAAUGCAGAGAAAGGAACCGUCAUCACUACUGUGUCUGCUACAGACCAAGAUCCACCAGGAACCCCGGCCAGUUUUGUCCGCUACAGAGUGGACCACGACAGGUCGCCGUACAGCGGGAGCAUCUUUGAUGUGGAGGAGGAAACUGGAAGAGUCGUCACCAAGGUCAACCUUAAUGAAGAGCCAAGCGUCACCUUUAAGUUGUUUGUGAUCGCCUAUGACGACGGCGAGCCGGUGAAGACUAACAGCACUUUGGUGGAAAUCACGGUCCUCCAGCCCUCUCGCAUCCCGAUCUUCACCCAGGAAGAGUACAGGUUUGCUCUCGUUAGCGAGCUGGCUCCUAGCGGCACAGCAGUGGGGACAAUCCUAGCUGCUGCUAUCAACCAAACCAUCUUCUACUCCAUCGUGGCUGGAAAUGAACUAGGUCAUUUCGAGGUGAACAACAGGACAGGUGUCAUCUCCACAGCUAAACCUCUGGAUUAUGAAAAUGUGACCUCCUAUGUGCUCCGGGUUCAGGCGGACUCCAUGGUGGUUGUCAUGUCCAACCUGCGUGUGCCUUCAAAAACUAACACAGCAAAGGUUUUCAUCGAGGUGGAGGAUGAGAACGACCACCCGCCCGUCUUCUCCAGGAAGCUCUACAUAGGCGGCGUGACGGAGGACACAAAGAUCUUCAGCUCGGUGCUAAAGAUAGUGGCCACUGAUAAAGACACGGGGAAUUACAGUAAGAUGGCUUACCGGCUGAUUAUCCCACCCACACCAGAGGGCCAGGACAGCUUCGUCAUAGAGACUUACACGGGAAUCGUCAAGUCAGCCAUCAUGUUUCGAAACAUGCGCAGGUCCUACUUCACCUUUAGGGUUAUUGCCACGGAUGAUUAUGGAAAAGGCCUCAGCAACCGUGCUGACGUGGUGGUUUCUGUUGUCAACGCAUUGGACAUGCAGGUUGUCGUGUCCACUGUCCCUCCACAUUUAGUGGAAGAGCAUAGGGAGGAGCUCAUCAGAAUUCUGGAGCGUCACGUCCAGGACCAGAUACCAGGCGCUAAAGUGAUUGUAGAAUCCAUCGGGCCACGUCGUCAUGGUGAUGGCUUUGAACUGGAGGACUACAGCAAGUCCGACCUGAUGGUGUACGCCAUUGACCCGCUCACAAACAGAGCCAUUUCCCCCAAGGAGCUCUUCAAAUUUCUCGACGGGAAUGUUCUGGAAAUCAACAAGGAGUUCCAGCCGUACCUGGGUGAGGGCGGCCGCAUCCUCGAGAUCCGUUCUCCAGAUAUCGUUGCGAGUGUAAAGAAAGCGGCCCAGGCCGUGGGCUACACGGAGGGGGCACUCCUGGCGCUCGCCAUCAUCAUCAUCCUCUGCUGCAUCCCCGCCAUCCUCAUUGUCAUGGUCACCUACAAACAGUUCAAAGAGCGCCAGGCAGAGUGUGCCAAAACUGCCAGGAUUCAGAUGGCUUUACCACCAGGAGGGAAAGCAGCUCCUGCAGCUGCUCCCAGUGCUAACCUCUAUGAAGAGCUGGGUGACAGCAGCAUGAGGCGAGGCUACGGCAGACAGCAACUGCUGAGGCCUUCUCUUCUGAGACCUGAGGAGCUCUCCAUGGAAUCCGGUAUCGACCCGGGCCAGGACUAUUACACGCAGGACUACUACAAUUACGACCAAGGGUAUGACCUUCCUCAAUACGGCAGUCGACGGAGGCUGAUAACUCCCAUGUAUGAUGAAUACGGGGAGGUGAUCGUGGAGGAUGAUGGGUAUUUCUACAGUCCUCAUGGCCCCGAGGGCCGUGGCAGAGGCCGUGGUGGCAUGCGGGGUAGAGGUCCAGGAAAGAGGGUUGCAUUUAGGGACAUGCCGCCAGAGGAGGAAAUUGAACAAGCUGAACCAGGGAUGGAGGGCGAGCCUUCGCAGGCUGCCAAGAGACUGAAGUCUGUCAUGAAGCUCAGCAAACUCUUGGCGGCGAGCAAGGGAGGAGAAAAGCCAUCUGAUGGCGGUCCUUCUGGCCCGUCUCCGUGGAAAAAAGCCAAGAUGUUCAAGAUGUUCGGUGCCGGGAAGAAGGACAAGGAUUACGCCAAACUGAUGUCAGCUCGCAGAAUUGACAGCCAGGAGAGUCUGACUGACGGACCGGCACUGAUGGGACCUAUCGACAGCAAGUCAGAUACCCGCAGCCGCCUUGGCAAAGUUUUGAAGAAGAUCAACUUGGGCAAAAAGUUGCAGAUGCGGAGGAAGUCGCAGAGCAGCGUGAGUCGAAGCUCGGCCACAGGCAGCGAGAGAGACGAAGAGGCCUCACAAGUAGCGAGCGAGGAUGAAACGAAGUCUAAAGUGUCCAUUAGUGUGACAGAAAGUGAGCCAGAAGCAGGCACAAGUGGAAGCAGUAAGGAGAAAGGCUCUGAUGAGGAAUCAUCAGAGAAAAGCAGCAUUGACAGAGAUUAUCUGAAAGUAGAUUUAGACCGGGACGAUGCCAACGAAAGCACAGUGGACUCAGAGGAAGAGCCUGAUGAUGAGCCGGGGGAUUCUGAUGAGGAAAGCAAGUCCAAAUCCGAAGAUGAUGAAGAAGAAGAGACAGAGAAGGAAUCCGGGAGUGAGAAAGAAUCUGGGACUGAAAAAGAAUCAGAGUCAGAGAAAGAAUCAGAGUCAGAAUCAGGUACGGCGACAGAGAAGGAAACGAGCACAGAAAAGGGUUCAGGAACAGAGAGAGACUCUGAUGAAGAGUCUGAGGAAGAAGAGGCCUCAGGUAGCACUAGAGAAAGUGGCUCCUCUGCCCGCUCUUCCAUGAGAUCAUCGGCCACCGAGGCUAGUAAAGGAAGCGGCGCAUCAGGUGUGAGCAGUAGCGGAAGUGGAAGUGGAAGUGGAAGCGGGGCUAGGAGUGGGAGCGGGACAGAUAGAAGUGAAAGCAAAAGUAAGAGUGGCAGUGGGAGUGCUAGCACUGCUGGAUCCCUUUCUGGCUCAAGUGUUAAGUCAUCACAGAGAACCAGAUCAUCAGGGAGCGCUGUAACUUCAGAGAAAUCCAGUGAAGAACUUAGUGAGGCCGAAUCAGGGACAGGGACAGCCAGCGAGGCAGAGUCAGGGUCAGGGACAGAGACAGCCAGCGAGGCCAAGUCAGGGUCAGGGAAAGGGUCAGGGACAGCCAGCGAGGCAAAGUCAGGGUCAGGUUCAGGAAAUGAAGAGUCUUCAUCUCUUAGAUCCAGCCAGAAAGAAAUGUCCGGGUCAGAGUCUAUUGGUGGGUCUUCAUCAGGUAGUCAUAUGACAGAUCAGAGUUCCUUAGGAAGUGGGCAGAGUUCAGUUCGUUCCCGGUCCACCAGUGGUAGCCGGCACUCCCAAAAGUCUUCCCUAAGCCGUGGGAGAUCUGAGGAAACGAUCACUGAGGAGAGCGAAGAAGAAGAAGAAGAAUCUGAAACUGCUGACGAGAGCAAAGAGUCGUCUGGCGAGCUCAGCGAUAGCGGGUCUUCCAGGAGGUCCAGUGUGGCAUCUGGAGAUCCCGGGCCCUCUACCGCUUACACUAGUCCCCCAUUCACCUCGGAGAUCAGAAGCAUCGGGGAGACCUCUUUAGAGACAUACGGAGGACUGUCCCCGAUCACUGAGGUGGACGAGGACGCCAUCUCUUCAGACAAAUCUUUAACAAGCGUCUCUGACUCUGAGACCGGCAGUGCAACGAAGAGUUCAGGGGAAACAGAAGCGACAUCAGAUGCUGAUUCAGAGUCUGAAGGAAACUCCACCGCCUUCUAGAGAGAUGUAUAAUCCGCUGUGAAGUAAGGGUGAAUAAAAUCAAUUACCCUUGCAUGGGAGUGAAGAAAUACUGCUUCCUACUACAGAGUGUUUCAAAUGUCCAAACUUUUUUUCUCAUUCACCCUCAGCAAGACAAAAACUCUGAUUCUCUGCUGCAGGAAACCACCAGAGUUUUUUUGCCCUUUUCUUACAUCUUUGACUUCUUCUUCUCUCUGAUGUGUUCUGUGGUCGAAUGCAUUUACUUCCAGUGCAAGACCUUUGCUCUUUUGUCUGCUUUGCUGUGAGAGUUUAUAUACUAUCUGUCUGGACUGAAUAUUUGACUGAAUACUUCACUUUCUAGGGACAUACAUAAUUACUCUUUUCCCAAAAAAUUCAAGAUUCCUCGCCAUAAAAUAUCUUCCAUGAAUACCUGAGGAUAAAAUCUGGGUUACUACUUUUGUCUAAAGAAAUUCUCUUGCUUUUA